AUGGAUUUUAUCUCCUGGCUCGAGACCUUGCCAGCAGACACAGUUGGAAAGCUGUACUCUUCUCAUUGGGCAUGUCAAGCAGUGCUGCGUGGGCUGACAUCCCUUGCGAAGCAGUAUGUCAUUCGGAUGCUCUUUCUGGACGUCCCUGUUACCAAAAGUGUGAUGGAUUCUUGGAUUGCGCAAAGCUCCAAGUCCAAGCACGCAACUGCGAUAAACCGGCUGAAAGGUCUCCAGCUGCUGCUACCUUCCAAUGUAGCAUCCAAUGGACAACAAGCAGCAUAUCAGCUGCAUCCAGUGUUCAGGGAACAGCUACGGUGGGCGGUCAGUACAGGGGGAAAGGUUGGUAUCGAUGAGGUGCCAGCAGGAGUUCUCCAGCAAGCACCAUCAAGAGAAAUGCUUAGCAGCUAUGCCCAGCAGCAGUGGGAGGUGAUCACUGUACCCCUUCUCAAUCAAUUAAAGUGCACAUGUGGAUUAGGGUCCAGCUUUGCUUCGCUGCAGACUCUGAUGCUGUACCUGGUGGGGAGCAUUUGUGCAGAGAGCAGGAGCAUAGAGGAGCAGGGCUUCCAAUUUCUGCUGUCGGAUACAUACAGCCAGCUCUGGCGCCUGCUGCGAGCAUACAUCGCGAGCGGGGAGGAGAGGUCUGGCGCUCCCCUGGGGACCAUCCUGAACUUCCUGCUGCAGCUUGGCUUCAGGGAGGUGGGCAGCCCCUUUGCACUGUCGGGCCUGGAUGACUCACAGCGCCACAUCGCUGCUGACAUGGCACAGCUCGGCCUGCUCAUGCCCUUCACAGCGAAGGAUGGCAGUGUGUGGCUGGCGCCCACCAGGCUUGCCCUGGCACUGGCUGGCGGGAGCUCGGGUCAGGCUCAGCACGACGUGACUGACGGCUUUGUUGUCGUUGAGACCAACUACCGAGUGUACGCGUACACAUCCUCCCUGCUGCAGACGGCCCUCCUGCGGCUGUUCACGCGAUGCGAGUGCAUCCUGCCAAACCUGUUUGUGGGGGUGCUGACGCGCGAGAGCGUGACUGGCGCCCUGGCCUGCGGCCUCUCUGCAGACCAGAUCGUGCUCUACCUGCGCCAGCAUGCGCACCCCCAUGUCGCAUCGCGCACCCCUGUUGUUCCCGAGGUGGUGGCGGACCAGGUGCGGCUGUGGCAGGCAGACACAAUGCGCGUGCGGCACAACCGGGCCGUGCUCUAUGAUGACUUCCCAUCAGCGCAGGUCUUUCAGCUGUCCGCGCAGAAGGCGCGCACUCUGGGGGUGUGGCUCUGGGAGGAUCCCAAGGCCGGCAUGGGCCGCCUAGCCGUGCAGGAGGCUGGGCACGAUGCCAUGCGCGAAUACAUAAAAUCCAUCAAGUAG